AUGAUCCGGCGGAUCCUCCUGGGAAGGCCGGGCCGGGAGAGGGCGCGGGCGCUGAGCGGCGGGGGCACCGGGCGGGCGCGGCGACCGGGCCCGGGGCGGGGAUCGGGGCAGCGACAGAGGCGGCGGCUGCUCCCCGGGCCCGCCGCCCCUUCCCCUCCGGCGAGGGGAGCCGCUGCAUGGGGCCGGGGGGACGGCCCUGCUGCGCCGAGCGGCGGCGACGGCGGCGAACCCCCCAGGCGGGCUGGGGCUGAGCCCGGGGCCGGGGCAGGGGCUCCGGGGACCAUGCCCGGAGGCCGGCCGGCCGCAGCAUGGCUCACGGGCCCGGCGCGCUGAUGCUCAAGUGCGUGGUGGUCGGCGACGGGGCGGUGGGCAAGACGUGCCUACUCAUGAGCUAUGCCAACGACGCCUUCCCGGAGGAGUACGUGCCCACCGUCUUCGACCACUACGCAGUCAGCGUCACCGUGGGGGGCAAGCAGUACCUCCUGGGACUCUAUGACACGGCGGGACAGGAAGACUAUGACCGUCUGAGGCCUUUAUCUUACCCAAUGACCGACGUCUUCCUUAUAUGCUUCUCUGUGGUCAAUCCAGCCUCAUUUCAAAAUGUCAAAGAGGAGUGGGUACCAGAACUUAAGGAAUAUGCACCAAAUGUACCCUUUUUAUUAAUAGGAACUCAGAUUGAUCUCCGAGAUGACCCCAAAACUUUAGCAAGACUGAAUGAUAUGAAAGAAAAACCUAUAUGUGUGGAACAAGGACAGAAACUAGCAAAAGAGAUAGGAGCAUGCUGCUAUGUGGAAUGUUCAGCUUUAACCCAGAAGGGAUUGAAGACUGUUUUUGAUGAGGCUAUCAUAGCCAUUUUAACUCCAAAGAAACACACAGUAAAAAAAAGAAUAGGAUCAAGAUGUAUAAACUGUUGUUUGAUCACGUGAGAAACAUCUUCAGUGGCCAAGGAAACUGUCCAUUUCUCUCAGAAAGCAGAUGAAAUGCUAUAGCUAUACCCAGACCUCUUAUACAUAAUGAAGCAGUUUAAAACUUGAAAGAAAAAAAAGAAACCUGUCCUCAGAAUUCUGUAAAGUUCAUUAAGAAUGUUUCUUAAAGGUCUAAGAAGCAGUAAACAGCAUCUGAAGCCACAAUCUAUUAUAAAUACUUUAUUUCAACUAGAAGGUACAAUCUCUCAGGGGUUUCAUAGUUUAAAAAGCUACAAUCACAUCAUAUUACUACAUAAAAAACAGUGCUGUAAAUGGAGCUGCUUGCCUUUGACCACAUACAUUUCUGCACCGCCCAUAUGGAAUCUGCACAAAGAAGUAUCUUCUCCCUUUGCUCCAACUAAUUGCUCUUGUACGUAAGUUGCUUUCUCUUCCAGUAUAUCCAGAGUGGUGAAGUAACAAGGCCAGCCACGUAGCCAAAGGUUGCUCCAAGCGUACAGGAGAUGGGCCAUACCUGAGGAGAGAAUGUAUGAGAUCAAAAAAGAACAAAUGUUUUAUUAUUACUUGAGCACAAGUGUAACCUAAAUAUUUCUAUAUUAAAGCUUAAUGUGCUUUCUUAAAGAAUGCCAAAAGUGUAAUAAGGUCAUAACUGCAUUUAUCAUGAACACUAAAAAAUGUACACAUUUUAGUUAAUGUGCAUUAAACUGUAACAAGGCUUCUGGCAAUUGUAGAUUUAGUUUGAUGCUCCCCAAUCUGCAUGAGAUACAUGCUAAAAUUACAAAUUAAAAUUUUGGGUCAGAUUUUGCCAUAAUCCUGGGUUCAGUUUAGCUCUCUGAACUAGCUGGUAUUUUUUUAAGUCCCACAUUGGCUGUGUAUAUCAAAUGAAAUUAGAAGUGUGUAUGCUGACCAAACCACAAGAAACUUUCUUAAAUUGUGUUAAAGAGAAAAGACCUAGAAUCUAAGCAUGUCAUAUGGAAUUUAUAACAGAGCAGCUGCUUCCACUUUUCAGACAUAAAUGUUGGAACUAUAGCAGAAGUUCUAAAACUACAACUUAUGUAUACACCUAGAGUGUAGGUUAAACAAAAUACUGGCUUCAGAUAGCAAUUUUAUCCAGCCAUAUUACAUGUCAAAAUUGUACAUCAAACAAGACGUAAUGUUGAUUUAUUUCAUCCACAAGCAGUGUGUGUUGGUCCCAAGCUUUAAGGCUCAGCUUAAAAAAAAAGUUGGAGACAAAUUUUAACAUUCAUCUGUGAAGCUUAUCUGGUAUACUGGAGCCAUUUCUAAUCUUUCUCUGGGGGGAAUAGGCCAAAGAACUGUGUUAGAGGUGAACCAUCUUAAUUACUAGUUCUAUUACCUAAUUCAGCUUCUUUGUUUGGUCUUCUGUGGAUCUGCCAUAUUCCAAAUGCCAAGCAACAGACAAUAGUGUUAGAGCUUCAGUAUGAACAACCUAACACAAAUGAGAGAAACAUAAUCUAAUCCAUAUUUUUUUCUAGUCUUUCCUAUGUUUAAACUUGCUGUUGCCUAAAUUAUGAUUUCUUUAUGUCUUUGGUGGGCCUCUGUUAAUUUCCAUGACUUUAGCUUAUAACUAUGUCUACUGCACAGACUGGGUAAUGGAACACUAAACUUUUAUACUUGAAAAUGACAGCCUUAAAUGCUCAUAUCAGUCACAAAUCUAGGAUGUACUGUCUUGUUCUAUGUAAGCUUUGUAGAGAUUUUUAGAAAAUAUAAGCAUCAUCUUCCCCAUUGAAGAGUAGAGAGAAGUUUUCUCUCUGAAUUGGACAUUGGAUAUCUUUAUCCCAAGAAAUGGUGGUUCACAUUAAGUAUCAUGGCCUUAUGUAUGCUCAAAUAGAAUCUUAUGUAAUUUAUUUAAUUUCGGUCUGUUAUUUUUAGUAGAAUUGAAAGGAAUUGUAUAAAUCAAUUAAACAUAUGCGCUAAGUUGUCCAACACAUGGUAAAAAAGGAAUUAAGACAGUAAAGUAUUAUACAUUUCCAACUUGACUAUGGGGAUUUGAUGGGUUGUUUUGUUUUUUUUUCAAAUUCACAUCUCUGAAACCCUUUACAUUUGGUUUACUAGCCAAUGAAAGUUAAAAUCUAGAAUUUGUCCUGCCCUAAGAGAAAUGAACUAGGUAGGAAUCUGGAAACAUAAACUGGUGUCACCUCUGUUUUCUUGACUGGGCCUCAGUUUCCUCAUCUUAUGAUAAAUAUGGGAGGCAGGACAGAUGAUCUCCAGUGUCUCUCCCAUUUAUCAACUCUUAUGAUUUUCUCUUAUUCACAAUAAUCAUUUUGGACAUUACCUUUUCAGCUUCACAUUCUAAAGAUGGUAAAAAUCAUGUACAUAGAUUACAAGAACUCUAAGCAAGAUGAUUGUCUUAUCUGAACCUGAGGUGCCUUAGGUACUCUACUGACCUUGAUGGGGUUUGGAGUUUCCUAUUGCUUAUUAAGAACGUUUUAAUUGCUUUGGAUCUUUAGUAUUUCUUUUUGCAAAAAUCCUUCCUACCACUUUAACUAAAAACCAAAGAUUUAUUUUCUAUUCAUAAGCAGAUUAUAGAAAAACUGCCUUAUUUUCAGAAAUGUGUCUUCAUUAAAUGCUUAGGUUUCUAUAGAAAUUCAGACUUAUCCCUGGAAUGACUAUUUCAAACUAAUGAAAUAUCUAGAAAAUAAAAUGCUUCAAAAAUAUUUUAUUGACAUGAAUUUUGCUAGUGAAAUACAAAUACAUUGCUUCAAAUAAUGUCAUGUAUGAAUGAACUUAAAAGAAAUUUGUAGUUAAUCAGUUUUUGCAUAUGGAGAAUUAGUUCUAAAGUUCUUAAAAAUAAGUUUAGGGGCUCCCUGAAAUCUUACUUAAUACUUCACUAACUUACAACCAUAUUCUAUCUCUACAGGUACAUUUUAGGUUAGUCCAUAUUGAAUUAUCAUAUUUCCAAUAAGUAGAGCUUGAAUUAAUGUAUUUUGUUAUUAGUUACUUUAGAUGCUGUUUCAUUUGAUUUUUAAUUAUUAAUUUAAAAUACCAAGUUAAAUAUUGGUUUAUUGGUUGUU